AUGAGCGCCGCUCCAUGCCUAUAUGGCUCCAUGAACGCAUCCCGCAUCGUCGUGGCGGGACCUCUCUGCAAGGGCAAUGUGUCCGAUGUGUGCGUCGUCGACUCCAAGUGUGCCCUAGUGACCAAAAACAUCUCGAGUGUCGGCAUCGAAGGAACCAUCACCAUGACAUACGUCAAUGGCUACAAGACCGGAUGGGACUCUGUCGACGCGAUCGGCGAUCUCUCAAACUUGUCCACCAUUGGCCUAUCGGUGGUCAACUUUACAAAGUUGAACAUCGAUGCCAUCACUUUCAGCAGGACAUUGCAAUACUUGUUGUUCGACAACAUGUCCAUCCCUGUGAUUCCAGAAACGUUAAACUACACCGAUCGCUUAGGCCACUUGCUGUUUAUCGAAACCAACACGUCCAACAUUCCCAAGACCUUACCCGUGAAUCUCUUUGACUGGACGUUCUUGUACCAGCCAUUGAACACCGAUACGUUGCCCAAUAUCCCGUAUUCGGUCCAAUACUUGGACUUGCACGGCAAUGAAAUCACCAAUUUGACCUACCACAAGCUGGACUGGACCAACAAAACCCACGUGUUUUUGCACAAGAACAAGCUCCAGGAGAUUUCAAACGUCAAGUUCAAGAAGGGCAUGCUCAAAUCCUUCGUCCUGUCAAAUGCCAACAUUUCGCACUUUGAACUCGACCUGAACUCGUUUGGGGCGCUCGACUCGCUCGGCCCGUUCCAAAUUCUCAACCAAUCGUUCUUUGAUGCCCAAGAGUACGGCUUCAGGAUGAACAUCAGCAACAUCACGCAAGAUGCCCAGAAAUGCGAUGCUGUCAAGGGCGUCGUGACCGAACUCUGGUCGUUGCACGCUGCCAUCAACAAGAAAACGUACUCCGUGUGCGUGGUUACCCCACCGCCUGCGGCCACGACGCUGUUGCCCACGCCAGCUCCAACUGUCGCGUCGUCGUCCAACACGGGACUCAUUGUGGGCGUGGUGGCUAUCGGGGUCGUCAUUUUGGUGGCUGCCCUGUGCUUCUUCAUCCGCCGUCGCAACCGCAAGUCCGACGCCGAGUUUGAAUACCAACGCGAAGGCGGCAAGUCUGCGGGAGGCACGACGAGCACCCGUUUCAUCACGGACAACACGGCCACGGGUAUCGACAUGUCGGAGCUGACGCUGUACCGUCUCAACCAGCAAGACGUGGUGCCGCAAAAGAAGAUUGCAUCUGGCGCGUACGCCCAUGUCUUGUACGGCACGUACAAGGGCACGCCCGUGGCCAUCAAGAAACUGCUCAGCUCUCGCGUGGGAGUGUCGGAAGUGCAGGGCUUGAUUGACGAAAUCAAGCUGCUCGCGAGCUUUACGUCGCCGUAUGUGGUCAAGCUGGUGGGGUGCUGCUGGGACCAGCCGUCCGACUUGGAGUGCGUGCUCGAGUACAUGAACGCAGGCGACUUGCGGGACAACUUGAUAGCGCGUACGGCAGUAGACUUUACCUGGAACGAAAAGAUCCAUGUGAUUGCCGCGAUCGUCGAUGCGUUGGCGUAUCUCCACUCGAUGCCAGUGAUCCACCGCGACCUCAAGAGCCGCAACGUCCUCCUGGACUCAGUCAAGUCGGCCAAGCUCACGGACUUUGGUGUGUCGAAAGAAGACACACAAGAGACCAUGACCGUCGGCGUCGGCACAUACCGGUGGAUGGCGCCCGAGAUCCUCCAGGUGAACCACUACUCGGUGGCUGCCGACAUGUUUUCAUUUGGGAUGAUCUUGUCCGAGCUCGACACGCACAACAUCCCGUACGCUGACGUGACUAACCCCAAGAACGGCAAGCCCCUCGUGGACACGGCCAUCAUGAGCAUGGUGAUUGCAGGCACGAUCAAGCCGACAUUUUCGCACACCAUGCCCGAGUGGGUGCGGGACAUGGCCCAGCAGUGCAUCGCCACAGACCCCGAAGACCGCCCCACGGCCAUGAUGCUGUCCAACGUCGUGCGCAAGCAGAUCAAGCGAGAAGCGCAUCAACUAGGAGUCUAGCGUUAACCGCAGUCGGUUGCAUGUACUGUACCUGUGCUCAGUUGUCGAUGUUUGUAGACGAGCUGGGGUAACCACCUCCCUCCUUUAUGUAAUAAGCUC